GUGCUGACCCCAGCACAAAUAAAAUCAAUUUGCCUGGCCAUACUAGAAUCAGGAAAGCAGUAUGCGGUGAAGAAGAGGAAACCGUUCCCACUCAUGUAUUCAUACUAUGGAACAGAGUAUCUUGGUGCAGCACAUGGGCUUUCAUCAAUCCUUCAGAUGCUGCUUUCCUAUUAUGAGUAUCUGCAGCCAGCAGAUCAGGAACUUGUGUGGCAGAGCGUUGAUUUUCUUAUGGACCAAGAACAGAACAGCAACUGGCCUCCUGAGCUGGGAGAGACAAUCGAGCGGGAGAAUGAGCUUGUACACUGGUGUCAUGGAGCUCCAGGCAUUGCAUAUCUGUUUGCCAAAGCUUACCUGGUUUCCAAGAAGCCUCAGUAUCUGGACACUUGUAUCCGCUGUGGAGAGCUAACUUGGCAGAAAGGCCUGCUGAAGAAGGGACCUGGAAUAUGCCAUGGAGUGGCUGGUAGUGCUUAUGUGUUCCUGCUGCUGUAUAGGCUCACUGGAAACUCAAAAUACAUUUACAGGGCACAAAGGUUUGCAGAGUUCUUAUUUACAGAAGAAUUUAAGGCUGGUUCCCGGGCAUUAGAAAGUAUAUAUAGUCUGUAUGAAGGCUUCUCGGGAACUGUGUGUUUCCUGACUGACUUGCUGCAACCCAACCAAGCUGAGUUUCCUCUCUUCAGUGUCUUUGUCUAG